AUGUCAACUGAAGUAUCUAAUUUAAUUAAUCCCACCAAAAUAAUUGAUAAAAAAGUAUUUCCUGAUCAAUCUGAAGACGUAUUUUGGCAAAAGGCAUCCGAUGCUAACGAAGAAACUCGUGAUAAUGAUGUUAUAUGGAAUCCACAAAAACAUAAGCAACCACAACAAGAACAUAGUAGCUUUGUGAUAACACCACCACCUCCACUUCCAUUGACGAAUACGGUUUCUAGACAUUCCCGAAAAAGCAGCAGAAUAUCAUGGGGGUUACAAACAGAUUUUGAAAGACAUAUUGGGUUAUUAGAAUCAAAAUUAGCUGAAAUUGUAUCUCAAGGCAAUAAGCAUGUUAAUAAAUCUGUAGGAUUCGAAGGAACACCAUUAUCAACAUUAGGUUAUCACCCCCAAGAAGAUUUAUCACCCGAUAUAAAUUUCGAAAAUGAGGAUGGCGAGACACAUGAUCCACAAGAAUCAGAUGAAGGAUUAUGGUUAUUAUGGAAAUCUUCAAGUAUUACAUCCAAAAAUAAUUCAAUGCCAAAUCAAUGGAAUCUUCCCUUUUUAGCUCAAAAUAGAAAUUUAAAUGCUACUACAUCAGAAAUUUCGAAUGGUGAGCAUGAUAUGCAUGAUGGGGAUGGUGAAAAUGACAGCAUUCUUGAUGAAAUGCUGUUGAAUAAUGUAAGAAAAAAGAAUGAUAAUGAUUAUUUACGAAUGAAUGGUGGCUUUGGCGGAAAUCUGCUAUUUUCCUAUUGCUUGCCUGUUGUUACUUUUGCGCAUAAUUGGUGGUGUUGUGGUUCCUUCGGAUUAUAUGAUGAUUAA